AUCAACUGACGAAUAUAACAUAUCCAAAUCGUAUUUGCUAGGUACCUGUUAGACAUAAUAUGGGCUUGUUAAUAUAUUAAUGUUUGUAAUUAGCCUUAUGUAAAUUAGUGGGCCAAGGGCUUACAUUUUAGAAUCAGUAGCACUAUAGCAGUAUAUAUAUGGCCAUCGGCCAGAUUGUAAAGGAGGCAGAAGAGUAUCAAAUGAAUUAAUCUUUUGAUUCCCGAAUUAAUCUUUUGACUCUUGCCUUAAUCCAAUAUGGUAUCAGAGCGUUAGAAAGGAAGAGCAGCCGCAUGAGGUCGACCGAGGAGGAGGAGCCGCAGCACCAGCGUGUUCCAGCGGCGUUCAUCAUGGCGGAUCCAACCACGGUGCACUAUCUAGACUCCGGCAAUAAUUGUCGCCGUACUGCUGCGGAGCCUGCGGAUGCGGCUGCCGAUAAUAGUCGUGGCCUAGUCCUCACGCACGUCGCGCUCAAGGGGGGGGGGGGGGCAGAAAACUCAUGUCGUAACCAAGGACCAGCUGCCUAGUACUCUUACACCUCUGCCGUCUUGGGCCGGUGAGCGUGCAAGUGCAGCGACUGAUGCAAAAAUAAAUGGGCUUAACAAGCUAAACAUUUCGUUAGACUGGAUUAUUGACACAGGGGCGUCUCACCACGUUACUGGUGAUAUUUCUUGCUUGACAGACCGCACACGUAUAGAGACACGCAAGGUGGGGCUGCCGGAUGGCCGCAUGGUUGCUGCAAUUUUUGAGGGCCGUGUGACACUCACUAAGAAUCUUGACCGUGACUCGAGGAACCUGAUUGGAGCCGGUGAAAGACGAGAUGGGCUCUACUUUUUCCGAGGGGUACCACUACUACAUGCUAUUCACACUCCGGCAUUGACAGAGUUUGAGCUGUGGCACCGUCGUUUGGGUCAUCCUUCGGAUCGAGUUAUUAAAUUAUUACUUGCUGUGCGUGCUAGUUCCUCUGAAAAACGCCUGAAUAAAGCUUGUGAGGUAUGUCCACAGGCCAAACAAGUUCGUGACUCUUUCCCCCUUAGUACCAAUAAAGC